AAUUCCAAGCUGAGCUGAAAGAACUACUUCACAUGUACUUUCCUCUCAGUCACACACUUCUUCUCCUUGCUUCAGACAGCACACAGCUCCAGCCAUGAACCUGUACCUCGUACUGCUCCUUUCAGUUCUCUCGGCAGUUCACUGGAGCUAUGGUAAAGACCUGGUGGAGGAGGAAGUGAUUAUCCCACAUCAUAUGCAGCCUCUAGGAAGUUGGUCUGUUGUCAACCCCAGUCAGAAAGAUGUCCAAGAGGCUGUCAGAAAAGCUGUGAAGGAAUUUAACAUUAAAUCCAAGAAGAAGAAGUACUUUAAGCUUGUUGAUGUAACAUCUGCACAAACAAAGGUCACUAACAUGAUCAACUACAAGAUCGAGGCAAUCAUAGGAAAAACAAAGUGCCUAAAAACUGAGGCUGCAGAUCUGGACUCCUGUGCUAUGGCUCAAAGGAGGCUCAAAUGCAAGUUUGGGGUUGAGUUCAACACACAGGAUAACGAAUAUGCAGUGGAGACGGUAGUUUGCAACAAAUAAUCCACAGAAAACAUAUUACUCUUACAACGAAAUGAAGGAAACUGUAGAGUGUUUAAAGAUAUACUGACAGGUGACAAAUUAAAGGAAAAAAGAUAAAUUAAGGUGCUGAGCCAUGACAAGCUGCCAGAACAGCUUCAAUGCUCUUGGUGUUGAUUCUACAAGUCUCUGGAACGGUACUGGAGAGAUAAACAUUGCUCCAAAAGAUAUUCCCUCAGUUGGUGUUUUGAUGAUGAUGAUGAUGAUGAUGGUGGUGAUGGUGGUGAAGAGUGCUGUCUAAUAUGUCCAUCCAAAAUCUUUCAUGGGCAUUCAAUUAGUUGAGAUCUGGUGAACGAGAAGGCCAUAGCAUAUGAUUUAUAUCAUUUUCAUCCUCAUCAAACCUUUCAGUGAGCCCUCAUGCCCUGUACUGUAUUUGGGGGCGAAGUCAUGGUGGAAACAACUACUUGCGUCAGGAUAGAAAUGUUUUAUCAAGUGAUCAGUCAGAAGGACAUUGUUUUCAUUUGGGACAAGUGGAGUCAAGCCAUGCCAGCAAACUAAAUAAAUAAAUGUCCUCACAAUAUCAUAUCGCCACCGUAUAGCUAUAUUUCCUUUGAUUUGUCACCUGUACUCAGUCUGUAAUCUGUAAUAGCUUGUGCCUUAUUGAUGUAUUCAUGCAGAAUAGCUCCUUCUGGAAGAGCUUUAUUAUUUUCAUUUUAGAAAUUGAGAAAAUGUUAUUACUGUAUGAUAAGAAAACUGAAAUAAAUGUAUGUUAUAGAAAUAAA